GUUACAGCAGAGAAGUAUGUGGCAAUUAUAGUAUAUAGGUCUGGAUUGCCUAGCAUAUCAGGAAUCUAAAUUUUGUAUGUAAGUACUAUUAUUGUAUAAGUGCAAAUAGAGUUGCCUGGGCCAUUAUGGCUGUCAAGUGGACUGGUGGACAUUCUUCUCCUAUUCUCUGCCUGAAUGCGAGUUCAGAAGGGCUAGUGGCUUCUGGAGCAGAGGGUGGAGAUCUCAUGGCUUGGGGUGAAGAUGGGACUCUAUUAGGACACACACGCUUUCAAGGAGCUGAAGAUGUUACCAGUGUCUUAUUCUCUCCCUCCUGCCCCACUAAGCUCUAUGCCUCUCAUGGAGAAACCAUUAGCAUAUUGGAUGUCAGAUCCCUCAAAGGUUCCCUGGACCAUUUUCAUGUGAAUGAAGAAGAAAUCAAUUGCCUUUCAUUGAAUGAAACUGAAAAUCUGCUGGCUUCUGCUGAUGACUCUGGAGCAAUAAAAAUUCUAGACUUGGAAAAUAAGAAAGUUAGCAGAUCACUGAAGAGACAUUCCAAUAUCUGUUCUUCUGUGGCUUUUCGGCCUCAAAGACCUCAGAGCCUAGUGUCAUGUGGACUGGAUAUGCAGGUGAUACUGUGGAAUCUUCAGAAAGCCCGGCCACUCUGGAUUACAAAUUUACAGGAAGAUGAAACAGAAGAAAUGGAGAGCCCACAGUCACCUGGUCAGCUUUUAAACCCUGCUCUAGCCCAUUGUGUGUCUGUGGCAUCGUGUGGUAAUAUUUUUAGUUGUGGUGCAGAAGAUGGUAAGGUUAGAAUCUUUAGGGUGAUGGGAAUCAAGUGUGAACAGGAACUGGGAUUUAAGGGUCACACUAUGGGGGUAUCCCAGGUCUGCUUUCUGCCAGAAUCUUAUUUGCUGCUUACUGGAGGGAAUGAUGGGAAGAUAAUGUUGUGGGAUGUAAGCAGUGAAGUUGAGAAAAAACAGAAGAGUCCUACAAAACAUACCCACAGGAAGAACACUAAAAGAACAACUUUUACCAAGCAGGGUGGAAACACUAAUGCUUCGGUAAUAGAUGAGGAACAGGGCAAAAUUUCACCAAAGUUAAGUAUUGAACAUGGAGAAAAAGUGAACUGGCUCCUGAGUAUAAAAAUAAAGGGUUAUCAAAAUAUAUUAGUAGCUGAUCAAACUAGUUGUAUAUCUGUAUAUCCCUUAAGUGAAUUUUAA